AUGAGUACCACUCUGAUAGAACUGCCUUCCGCCACCCCAAAACAACAUGGAGGUAAGAAGGGUGCCCCUGGAUUGAUCACACUAUCUGAGAAUCAGGUGAUUCCAGUGGCGAACAUUACGCUUACACCCCGAGCCCCUCAGCUCAAUGGGGCAGCAAAGAGGGGGGCAUCUGGCCCUAUUGUAACGACUAGUGAUGAAGAAAGUGAUGGAUGUAGCAGUCCUCGAUCAAACUAUUCCAAUAAUUUAUCAUAUCAACAAUCAAAGCAUCAGUCAUCAUCACAACAUCAACAUCAUCAACCACAACCAUCACAAUCACAACAGCGAGCAUGUGAAGCAUACGAACAUGAUCAUGAUUAUGAAAAUGUGGCUUCACCUGGUGGAAGCAGUACAGCAAGUGGACCUGUUUAUGUGCGACCACCAGGUUUUAAACAUCAUGCACAGGAGAUUAAAAAAACAAAAAAGAAAAAGACUGCCUUACUUGAACAUAGAUCAUCAGGCUUAAAAAAACGUGCUCCAACUCCGCCGAAAGUGCGCCCAAGGAGAGAGUCUGUGCCCAUGAGGCUCCGUGCACUACCUCAGUCAUUUUGGAAACAGCCUAACGUGCCAAAUCAAGUUUCGCCAGCAAAUGUGUUCCCCUCUUUACCUCCACUCUGUUCACGAGAAUCUAUGGAUGAAAUUACAGAUGUGCGACCAAUUACGCCACCUGAGGAGCGAGAGGCUAGACAGAAAAAGGCACAAAGACCUCCAGAUCGGAAACUGAUUGUGGGCGAUACAGACCUUCUCCUUAAAAAUUUGUUUGCUGGUGUGAAUCAAGUUGAUGACAAGAAAGUGCAACAGAUCAAGAGAGGAAGGCCAAGAAAAGUCACUGUUCCUAAAGCAACAAGCACAAAGACAUUGAUAUCUGGAGAUGAUCCUUACCUCAUGGAAACGAUGACAGAGAAGUUCUUUCCUCAGCUGACACUGGAAAGUAGACAAGCACAUCUGGCAGGCAACACUUCACUUCAACUGGUGACGAUACGGAACGGUGAUAACUGUGUAACGCUGCCCUCCCUCAGUAUAAACCAAGACUAUUCACAAAUGUUGUCAGAACUAGCCAUGAACAUCUAA